AUCAAAGCAAAAUAUAUCUAUGUCGACUCUACCAAUCUCUACGACUCUACGUUUUUACAUAGUUCCUGCAUUGUGCGAUUCAUGGAAGUAGUGGAGUAAAAUCAAUCUUUGUUUGUUUAGCAAAAUCCAAUAUUCGUUGCCUCUCUAGAAAUUGGUACUGUGUUCGUGAAGUUAAAGACUACAAUUUAUGAACAUUGGAUAUCCUAUAGUUUUUUUUCGAAAUCCUAGUAGUAUAGAUCGUGCGUAGCAGUAUAGCAAUCUCUGUGAUUUUACAGACAGGGAACUCGGUGGUCACUGUUGACGAAAAAAUGUGUCCUUAUUCAUUCGCGAAUGGAAAAUAUUGGUCGUAAUUAUAUUCCUGUUUGAGAAGCGACGAUGCAAUCGCUGGCUUUUCAUCAUAGAUUCAAAAGAUAGUGCUAAGGGACAAUGAAUAUUGCUACAAUUGAUGAAAUUUGGUGCGUUGCGUAGAAGAACUUUGUGUUAAAGGAUUCAUUAUAAAAUAAACUAUCAAAAAUGGCGGUGAAAAAACAUGAGCUGGUACACGACAAUCGCAACCAGUUGGAUCUGCUGGCAUUGGAGCAGUACAUCCAGCUGAUGAACGACCAAAGUAACUAUAUGCCAGCCCCGCAAGAACUCGUCAAAAAUUGUCAGGACAUUGUGAAAUGUCUUGCGCGCGCAUCUGGGAAUGAAGAACAAAUGUGGAACCUGUUACAAACCGUGGAAGAAUAUUUGCUGCGAAUAGUGAACACAGUUCACAGUAGUGUUCGUCACGAGAUUGUGACUGCCAUACUGGAUAAAUUCUACACGUUCAUUUCAGACCCUCAAUCGGACGCUUGUCCUGCGGCGUCCGUGGUCCUCAUCGUGCUAGACUGCUCUGACGCAGAAGGCAAUUUGUCAGCUGCGCGCUGGCUGGUCCAGCAGGGAGAUAACGGCCCGGCAGGUGCAGGACUUAGGGCUUCUUUGUCUUGCCUCUAUUGCUGGCUUCACGAGUGGCAUGGUACACCAGCAUUAGGAGAUUGGGUGUUGGCUUUUAUUAAGGCCUUAGAGGAGAAUGAGCGGUUUGAUAUCCUUAUCGAAGUGUCAGUAGAUAACUUGGGUCGCCUCUUCUUGGCCUUAAAUGAUCCCGUGUCACUCCGACAGUCGGUAGCCGAGGUCAUUUUCCACGUCUUGGCUUCACUUCGGGAAUCUACUGAGGCAUUUGACAGGAUUGCGCCCCAUGUUGGACGUGUCUUGGCCAAUCUAGCCAACGAUAGCGGUCAGUGGAGUCGUCAGCUUCUGCAAAACGUUGUGGAUAUAUUAACAGCUACUGUUGACGGACACGUUGAUGCGUUGAAAGGCGACGCUCAGGACAUGUUUAAAGACAAAUACGAUGACGUGAUACUUUGCCUGGAACGACACAUGGCCUCUCGCGGUUGUCGCUAUCUGCAGCAGCAUCCUUGGCGCGCUCGUAACGUUUGUUUGACAAGCGUAAGCACACACGCACCAAUGAGGAAGGUGGGGCUGCUGAACCUUGGCAAUACAUGCUACAUGAACAGCGUCAUGCAAGCUCUGCUCGUCACCAGGCAAUUUAGCACUCACGUCGUCUUGAAGAUGACCGCCGUACCUUACUGGGCAAAGAUGGGCAUCUUAUUUGGAAAAAUGAUGCACUCCAUCACGACAAAGCUUAACCCGGAUGAGUUCUUCGCAGUGGUGAAGCCACCGUUCUUCACCAGGGACAAUCAACAUGACAGCUCCGAGUUUUUGGGGUACUUAUUUGAGCUUCUGCAGUCCUAUGAGCACUGCUCUGAUUUGAACUUCGAUUAUUCCCGCCCGGCUGUGUUGUCAAGCCAUAGUCGCCUGCGCAUAGUGUCGCAAACAUCUCAGCAGGCUACACAGUCUACGAGUACUGAGGUCAACGACAACAACAAUGGAGAGCCCGGACCCAACCGCCGUUCGGUAUCACCACGCCCGAGUAGCAGCGCUGCUGGAUCGAGUACCAGUGCCCACAAGCGCACCAGUACAGAGCUGGAGAGCGUGCCUCCAAAAAAGCGCCUUCGAAUGUAUGAGUCCGCGUUCCUUAGACGCGACUCAUUCAUCGAUAGCAUGUUUGGCGGAGUGUUGCUCACACGAGUGGAAUGCACCGAGUGCCACUCAUCAUCAUUGUCGCGCGACGUGUUCCGCGACUUACAACUGGCGUUCCCGGACAAACCAGAGGGUUGGCAACACAAUGUCCAGAGCCUGCUCGAAUAUUACUGCUCCAAAGAGAGUCUUACAGGGGAGAACCAGUACCAGUGCCGUGACUGCGGAGUGCUCCGUGAUGCUGAAAGAAGUGUGCUCAUAGAAACUACUCCAAAGUACCUGAUUCUCGUGCUCAAGAAUUUUAAAUUCGACCCGAAGCUCCAGGUACAGACGAAACUGAUGCACUCGAUGUACCACAACCACACCAUCACGCUGCCGACUGUCCGAUCUCAGGCUGUACACGCUUCCUACACCUUAUACGCGGCCGUCAUUCACGCUGGCACAACUCUCGAUUCGGGCCACUAUUAUACGCUGGCUAAAGAUAACGACCAGUGGAAUAUGUACAACGACGAUGUUGUAACGUCGUCCGAUGAAGGACAAUUAAAUGGUCUGAAUCGCUCGAGUACGCCCUACAUCCUGUUCUACAGACGUACUGAUAUUGAAGAGGGCACAGCUCCCUCUAUGGAAGAGCUUCCUCCUAAAGUUCAGGAGACUGUGAUGUCUCACAACAAACAGUACGUCGAGACUGUCCGGAAAAUGCGUCUGGCGCGUCCAUGACAGUUAAGGUCCGACAAACACAUCGAUUUCUCGGUGUUGGAUAACGGUGUUUCCGAAUAGGAGAAUACCGAGCUUUUUUAGAUAUAGAAGACAAACCUGCGAGGCGAAUUUACAUUUUAUCAUCAAUUUUAUCAUCUUACAAUAACAUGGACUCUAGAAGUGAACUAUAUAUGUUACGGUCGUUGCAAAGCAGUGGCGGUUAAGAUCACGUCACAAACCAAAAACAUUUUGAGAAUAUAGGAAAUUGUGCAUCCAGCUCCGCCUAUUUUGCUAUUCUGGCUGACAGUCUCCCUCUGUGCUUUGUAAUGACUAUAAGGAAAGACGAAGCUUCGUCAUCGCAACAACAAACUGAAUGCAGAUAGAACGUGACGACUAUUUGUACGUGAUCGCGAUGACAGGUUUUUUUCUAAAUUCCUCGACAGGAAUGAAUUCUAUACAUAAAUAUCUGCUUACACCCGUAUAUAUUAGUGAGUGUUGAGUAUUUGCUGGUUAUUCCAAGAGAAAUAUAUUAUGUGCUGUAAAAUAGAGAGAAGUGAUUAAAUAUUUAUAUUUUAAAUCUCUAAUGUCCUAUAAUUCGUUCUAGAAGAACUAUUUACUGUAAAAUCUAAGUCAAGAGACUGGAUUGCUCUUGUGAGAGACUUUAUAUGUAUAUAAAACAGUUAUAUCUAAUUGUAUUAUUUACAUAACGUGUUGUGCUACUCGAAGGCAUGUGCAUGACAUUAUAUUAUUUAAAUUAUUAUUUUUUAUUUUUACCUUAGCGCCGUGUUUGUGUGCGUCGUCCUUAUUGGCAGGUCACUAAACACUACCAAUUUGAUAUGAUGUAGACAAGAUAAUAAAAUAUAAGCAUGUAACAUGGAUUUACAAUCCUACGAAACAUUCAAGGGGACAUUGAAUGCACCCUAGGGCUUGAGAAACAAAUAUCAUGCAGUCUUUUUACAAUAUCUUUAGACCGUAACAUAUAUACAUAAAACAUUACAUUAAAUUCUGUAUUAUCGUUUUUGUACCUAUAUAUACAUAAGUCCACCAUGUUAACAUUAGUCUUUAAAAUUAUCAUCUGCGACAUUUUGCAAUAAAUCUCGUUAUUUUUAUAAAAGUUAUGAAUGUUAGAAUAAUUUUAAAAUGAUAUUAUAGAUAUCUAUUCGUGUUGAUAUUGCAUAAUAUAUUCAUUUUAAAAUCAUUAAAUUUUAUCAAUAUAAUGUGUGUUAUUGGUAGUAUUAAAUAAAUGGAAAGAUUUCAGUGAAUACAGAAAAAUAUUCAUAUUAAGAUUAUCGUAUUAUAACCUUAGAUUAAGUAGAUAAAAGAAGACGCAGGGAAGGCGCUGCGGUCCCUAGUGCUAGAUUUUUAAUGUUAUCACAUUAUAAUAUAGUAACGUAAUUUUGAAUACAUCUGCAUGUUCCGUGUUUUAAUAGUAUCCAAUCGCUGAAAUCCUCCAUUCUUAUUAAAUCAUCUUAUUAAUGUGUAAGUGACGAGAUUUCUUGCAAAUGUCUAGCAAAGUUACUUGGCCAUUUAUUUUAUUAUAUUAAAAAACUUAUCAUCGGCUAACAGUUUCCAAUGAAGUUUGGUUUAAAAACAUUUUGAAUGUUAACCAGUUAAAAAUUAAUUGGCAUACAAGUACUAUUUUGACUUUUAGUUAAGUUGCAUAAAGUGCCAAUUUUUCAAAAUUGUUAUUACCAUUCUAUUUUUUUUACUAUUCAUAAUAUUGAAAGUCAAAAUAUUUUCGUAUUCGUGGAGCGUCAUUUUCAUAUAAAUUCACGGUUUUUCAAGUGUUUUUAUCGUAUUUUCCGACACUCGUCAUAAAUUAAGCAAAUUGUAUAUGAAUAAUGAUAUAAUGACGUAGUUGCAUAUACUUCCUCCGUGCAUUGGCGCUCUAUGUUACCGUAUUUUAUACAUUAUAUAUUGUUAUACAUUCUGACAACACUGUCUUAGUGUACUAUCCUACGUGUCUCAGAUAGAUGUAUUAAUGUUAUACAAAAUAAUGUAAGCUCGAGUUUUAUGUGCAUUUGCAUAUAUUAAUGUAUUUUACAAUCAAACUGUCGUUUACUAACCCAUCUAUUCCAUAAAUGAAUUUGUUGCCUGUGGAAUUGUAUCUUGUUUCACUUGAAUGUCUAUGUUAACAGUAUCAAUACGUUCUAUAGUACGGUGGAAGGCAAUAAGACGUCUAAGUAUAAUUAUAAUAUAUUGUUGAUUAUUCAAUAUUAUUAUUAUUAUAUUUAAUAAACCAUGCCCAAAGCCCGUGGGCAUAAUGGCAACAUUUUUUAACGUAAUGUACAUUGUCGUGUCAACAAAACUGUUAACAUACAUUUCAAUAUUUAUAUUAGUACGGAUAAAACAUUUUUUCAUCUGUUUGCAAGUUUUUAACAACUACUUAGGUAUGUAUGCAUUAAACCAAUUUGUCAAUUGUUUUAACGUUUAUAUUAUUUUCAUUUAUUAUUAUGAUGUUACUGCGGCCAAGUCACGGUUGUUGAGAAAGUCCCUUCUCAAUAGUAUUAAUCAUUGUAAAUAUUAUUUUAAUUUCGUUUUAUAUUUUUACAGUCUGUAAAUUUGGAAGUUGUUGUUCUCUAUAUAUUUGUUCUAAGGUAUACUGUGUUAUUGUGGAGGAUUUUGGAAUGGUUUGUCACACAAUUGUUCGAUAAAACAUCCCCCGUUAAUGUAGUUAGGCCUUGGACAUCCAGUAUGUAUAGCGAUUUACACUUGUUCAACCUAGUAUGUAAUUUGAAAGUUGCAUGGUUGUAACAAUCUUGACUUGGCUGGGUUUAUUUACAUAUGUUAUAAUUAUGAAUUGUUUAGUUUAUUCCUCUAUGUAAAUAAUUAAAGCAUUUAAAAUAUAAGAUAGAUAUUCUCCAUGGUAAACCUAGAAUAAUUAGGUAUAUGUUAUUGUUCGGGGCGUAGCAUCGGUCCCCUAAUACAUCACUUUAAUUUAUAAUUAGAAACACAUAUUAUUGUAAAAUCGGUUUUUGGUUUAAAAUAAUAAAAUAAACGUUAAAAAAUUUUGGUAACCUUUUUAACUGUCCUGCGAAUUUUAUAAAAAUAUAUAAAUGGCUGUGUAUUGACAUUUUACAGUGAAAUCUUAAUAUCUUCA